AUGAUCGACGCCGUGACCGCACUUUUCCUGCUGAUUCUCUACACGUUCAUUUACGUCGUUCCUUUUUAUGUCUUUUCAAACACGCGGCCGUCACAGUUCCGUCCCCGCGAUGCCCCCUCGAUGAUCCGGGCUCGCAUACGCCUUGUGACCGUCUCAUGCACUAUUUGCUCCAUCUCAACCUUGGUCCUUCUGGCCAAGGCGGAUAAUGAUGGCAUUUCGCUAGUGCCACUCACUAAAAUGGGUUACAUACCCGUGGGAAUCGCAGAAACCUUAAAGUCCCUUGCGCUCACAUCAAUUCUCUACGCGGGACCAAUCUUUGAGAAAGGGUUCGUUUUGGACGAGUGGAAAGACUGGGUUCGUCUGCGAGGAGUUCAAACUGUGCUGGGAAGCUGGAUAGGCUGGCGCAACUAUGUCGUGGGUCCAGUUACUGAAGAAGUACUAUUUCGUUCAGCUUCCGUACCGCUUCUUCUGCUCUCCAAUACGUCCGUAAGUAAAAUGAUUCUGUUGGGGCCCAUUAUCUUUGGACUAGCACAUUUUCACCAUUUCUAUGAAUUCCGAGUCACGCACCCGGAUACUCCGGUCAUUGUCGCAUUACUUCGCUCCGCCCUCCAACUUGGUUACACAUCGUUAUUUGGAGCGUAUGCGACCUUCAUAUAUCUACGAACGGGCAGCCUCUUGAGUGUUAUAGCUGUUCACGCAUUUUGUAACUGGAUGGGGCUACCAAGGAUUUGGGGAACAGUGAGAGAUGACCAAAUAGGUAUCCACGAAGGGGUAGGAGAAAUAAAAAGAGGUCAUGCAUUUGGAAGAAGAAAAAUAUCGACAUUUCUAUAUACAAUGGCCUACUAUGUACUCUUGGUUGCAGGUGCGUACGGAUGGGGAAAGUAUUUGUGGAAGCUUACCAGUAGUCCGAAUAAAUUGAUCGAAUUCUAG